UGUUAUAUUUGGAUGCAAGAGAAUAGUGAUUAGAAUCUGAUUCUUGAACACAUUCAUUAUUGCAACUACCACAACAAUCCAUAAGCAUAAAUCCCUCUGGUUAGCUUCAGAAACAAGCAGAAGGAUUAAUCCCAAUUAGAAAUGCUAAAUGUGACUAGAAAGGGAUUCUCAUCCAUCAAGAAAAAUAUUCCCGGAAAACUUACCCUUUAUAUAUUGGCUGCCAGAGAGCCCAUUGGUGUUAACCUGCCAAAUCCAGCCAUGAAAUACAAUGAGAUAUCUCACUUCAGCCACCCCUAUCACAAGCUCAAGUUUGAGUACACAGAAGCCCCUUUCAAGUGUGAUGGCUGCAAGGAAGUCGGCAUAGGCUCGAGCUACAAGUGCAGCAGCUGUGAUUACGAUCUCCACAAGCUCUGUGCUCUGCCUUCAUCCUCCUUCCGCCACCCCUUCUACCCGAAAUGCUCAUUCAAGUUCCUCCCGCGGGCCCCUGGAAGCAUCUCACGCUACUGCAAUGCAUGCGAGAAGGCAGUCACUGGCUUUGUCUACCACUGCGAAGCCUGUGGGUUCGAUCUCCACCCCUGCUGCGCCAACUUGCCAAUGGUGCUCGAUGAUGGCGAGGUGAAGCUCUCCCUGUACAGUAAAGUCACCGAGCCGUGCCUCCGGUGUGGCAGGAAGGGCAGGAGCUGGAGCUACCGGUCAACCUGCAAGAAGUACAAUCUACACGUUGCUUGUGUCAAGGAGAUGCUGGUCGAGAAUUGGCAGGAGAUUUACUUCGGGAGAGGGGGAAAUGGUCGGAAGCUGGAGACCAGAAUCCCCAACCUCAAAGCCACACUGCAGACUCAUCAGCACAAGAAGGGGAAAGUGGAGAAAUGCUGCAAGAUAGCUGCUCUGGCUCUGCAGUUUGUCGUAUCGGCACUGCUUGGAGAUCCUACUACUCUUAUUGCAGGGAUUGUUGGCACAUUGAUGUCCAAAUAAGCAGGUGAAAUUGGCUUGAAAAAGGGCUAUUCUAGCUCUGUUUACUGAAUAUAUAAUAAUGUCGCUUGUAAAACUUUCUUUCUUGUAAUGUAUCUUUUAAUUACUGCAUCCA